UUUGGUCGUCCUAACGACCUUAUGCACUUCCUUAGGGACUUUUUGGCGCCAGCGGUCAUGUCCAUAUCGGUGUUUCAUUCAUAGCACACGGUUUCACUAGCAUGCUGUUACUGUAUGGCAGCGGAAGUUAGAUUAGAGUAGUUGAGUAAUCAUGGGUUCAAGUUUUCUCUGCCUUUGUGCGAUCAGCGUGAAUCAAAGCAUGGUUACACUGACUAAGACAAGAGCCUUCAAGCCAGGGAAAGUGUGAAAUGCUUGUGCGGGAGAAGCACGGUUUCCUCGCUCUUCAACACAAGGAACAUAAAUACUCGUCCAACCUACACCAAAACAAAGGAAAAAUAAAUAUUCACACUCUAUCUUUCACACACUCCUUUAUAAAGCCGCCUUUUUCACUUUGUACCCCUUGUUGUUGACAUUCCUUUCUUUCACAUACUUUUACCUUUUCACACAUAAUAUUCAUGUUUCAAUUGCUCAAUUCUUUGUUUGGUCGUCAGCAGCACGAGCAGGAACAACAGGCUCCAGCUUGCCCUGAAUUGCAUACACCCAAUAUUUCACUGUCUCACCGAUUUUAUUCUGGCUUGAGACGGCUGUUAUGCCCAUCUUCAACCAUUAUUGAAGUGUCAUGGGAUGACGGCAAAACCUGGUUACCUCUUGAUCGUGACAACUCUAAACAAAUCGACAGAGUUCGCUCAAAGCAAACGAUUUCCUGCGUGGAUAUCCGUAACGAUCGUAACCUUUGUAAACAUUUGACACAUGAAGGCGCCGAUGUCAUGAUCAAAGUCUGGCUCAAGGACGAACCCUUGGAAGAAGAUGAAACUGAUAACGAUCAAAUGCAACAAGCCAAAUGGACGGUACGACGCGUCAAGGGCUGGAAGAAAGAGACCCUCGGAAGUGCCAAAGUUCCCGUCAAUGAUUUCCAGAACACCAAAUGGAUCUAUCUUCCAGGCCCUCCACAGUAUGAAGAUUCGGCGUCGCCCGUACCUUCCUUUCGUGUCGAUUCAGCCGUCGCGUCCAUACAUGAGAGCAAGUCAACAUUGGAUAUCAAAGCUUUGGCGUCUAAGCCUUCGUACGAAUUCACUUUUCAAUGCCCCCUUCCAUCUCACUAUCAGUACCCUACUCAAGUCAAGGCCAUAUCAAGAAAAGGCUCACGAAAUCUCCUCCACAAGAUCAGCGCUUCGUCUCUGCAAUCCACCCAGUCGGACUUUGACAGUGAAUUGGAAUCUUGCGGUUGGAGACUUACUCAGAUGCAGUGUCACCCACAUUUUGACAUGAUUAAACCUUUACGCUACACCACCAUUGAAUCCUACGGUGCUGUUGAAGGGGUUCUUGCCUGCUAAACAUAACGAAGAAGUAUACCCUCCUCCACCACCGAGACAACCAUCUCGUUCGCUCAUCGAUGAAAGGUCUUUUUAUCAAUCUGUAUUUAUAUCACUGCCAUUUUUUGCUUGACUUUGAGUUUCAAAAGAAAUAAAAAAAAAAAAGUUUACAACGGAACGAAGUGUCCGUUCAUCUCAUACAUGAUUAUUUUCACA